CACAAUGAAGAAAUCUUCCUUGAUCAUCCUCUUCUGCUUCUUUACAGCCAUGCUAGCUACAGGAACGUGUCUUCUUUGUGAGCACUGCAAAAGUGCCAGUGACCUCUGUUCUGGGCCCCUGCAGAACUGUACAGGUGUUGAAGAAGAUGCCUGCCUCACUCUCACAAUAGAGACCAGAGCAGACAAGGUGCGGAAAGUGGUCACUUACAAAGGAUGCACUAAGCUCAGCUACUGUCCUCCAGGGCCUUGGACCAUCACCAUGGACCUGAAAAAGCGCAUACGAAGCAACUCGGAAUGCUGCUGUUGGGACCAUUGUAACAAAGGAGGUUUGAGAUUGCCUGUGCUAGGCAAGCAAAACCGCCUGUGGUGCCCUCGAUUCAAGAGUUCCACAUGCAGCAUUGACGACAAACUUUACUGCCAUGGCCGAGAAAUCAACUGUUUCUAUCUUGCUGGCUAUACCGAAUCUGGUGGCAAGAACGAGACCUACGUUAGACGAGGUUGUGGAACCAAACACACUUGCAUUGAUAAACCAGGCAUUUUUGGAAUACCAGGAUUGUUCCUUGAAAAGGUGACAAAGACAGAGUGCAGUAAAGCUACUUAAACCUACAAGC